CGUUUGGCGUACGCUGAGCAUCUGUAUAAACUUUUUUCCCCAUUUCUGUAAUUCCCUACAAGGGUAUAAAGACAACAUGGGGAAGGGUUUUAAUAAUUACAUGACCAAGAAGUUCUUCCAUCCUUCCAGUAAAGACAACAUUAAACGAGUAUGGAUGGCUCAACAAAAAGCAGAAUUUGAUCAGAAAAAGGAAGAUGAAAUGGUGGCACAGUACCGGAAAGAACAGGAUGUUUAUGAAAACAGAGCCUUGUUGGGAGACGAGAAAGCCAAGAUGGGUCUCAGCUUCAUGUAUGACGCCCCUCCAGGUCUCAAGAAGGAAAAAGAGAGAGAUGAAGGAGAACAGGAGGUGAAGUUCGAGUGGCAGAGGAAAUAUAACGCUCCCAGAGAACAGUACGCCAAGAAUGAUGAGACAAUCCUGGACCAGCCGUUUGGUAUCGAGGUCCGCAAUGUUCGGUGUAUCAAGUGCCGGAAGUGGGGCCACGUAAACACAGACAGAAUCUGUCCGCUGUUUGGGAAAGACCUAACAGCAGAACCUGAACAACCCAAGACAAGUGCCUAUUCCCUGCUGGAGUCCAUGAGAGACGAUGGCUUCACCCUCAAACAGUCCCUGCUUGGGAAGCUGUCAGAUCCAAAGGCAGCUAAUGAGCAAAUGUUAAAUGAUGAAGACAAGGAUGACCCUGAGGUCCAAUUCCUGAAGUCCCUGUCCUCAAAACAGAAGAAAAAGCUCCUCAAAAAGCUGAGUAAACUCCAGCAGAAUCAGGCACCAGAGGGCAAGGUUGAAAAGAAGAAGAAAAAGAAAAAGAAGAACAAGAAAAAGUCAGGAAAGAAAAGCAAAAAGAGAGACAGUUCCGAUGAAAGUGACAGCUCUGAUGAAGAAAGCCCUCCCAAGAAACUUAAAAGGAAAAGACCACAGUCAGAUUCAGAUAACUCGGAUGACAUUGAGAGAGCUCCGAGAAAAAAUGGAGGAAUUGGUAGCAAAUCUAGUAUUAGAAAGCAAGACUUGAAAAAUGGAGAGAGGGACAGAGAAAGAAGAGGAGAUACGAGCAGAAAUGAUGACAGAAGAGAUGGUCGAAUAGAUAGAAGUGAUCAAAUAGAUGGAAAUGGUCAAAGAUAUGAUGGGAGGAGAGAUAGCAGAAGGGAUAGACAUGGGUCGGAUGAAAGAGACAGAGGGAAUGAGAUAAGAAAGGAUGACAGAAGAAGAGGAAGAAGUAGAUCCAGAGAUGGAGAUAAUGGAAACAUUCAGAUAUACAAUGAGAGUGGAGGAAAAGUUGAUAAAAGUGGAUCAAGGGAUAGACAGUGUAAAGACACAAGUGAUGAUAGAGGUAGAAGAGGUAGAGAUGAAGCUGUAAGAUAUAGAAGUGGGUCUGGAGACAGAAAGAGGGACAGACAAAGGGGAAGAGAUGAUAGAAGGAGAUCUGGGAGUCGAGAUAGAAGUGGAAGAAGGGAAAUUAAAAAAGAAAGGGAAAGUAGAAGUCCAAGGGGGAGAGAUGAUAGAAGGAGGUCUGAGAGUCGAGAUAGAAAUGGAAGAAGGGAAAUUAAAAAAGAAAGGGAAAGUAGAAGUCCAAGGGGGAGAGAUGAUAGAAGGAGGUCUGGGAGUCUAGAUAGAAGUGGAAGAAGGGAAAUUAAAAAAGAAAGGGAAAGUAGAAGUCCAAGGGGGAGAGAUGACAGAAGAGAGCGGCAAAGGGACAGUCCAAAAAGUGAAGAAAGAGAAAUUAAGAGAUAUAUCAAGCAGGAGAGAAGAGAUUCAUGGGAUGGAAAAUCGGAUGAAAUGGCAAGAGAAGAUAAAGGUUGGACUAGUGGGAAAAUCGAGCGAAGAAGAAAUGACAGUAGUGAUAGCUGUUCGGAAUCUGAUUCAGAAUCGGAUGGAAGUCCACAAAAAAGUAGAAAAAAAUCUCAAGGGAACAAUUUAAGAAAUAGAAGAGAACGAUCCGUUUCAGAUGAGAAUUUGAAACGUAAUAGCAAAGGAAGAAAUCGUAGGUCUGGUUCAUAUGAUAGAAAUUAUCAGAGACAAAAACAAAACAGAAAAAGUGAUUCAAACUCGGACAGUAGCAGUGAUAGUGAUAGUUCUGAUGAUGAACCGAGAAUGUCCAAAAGCAAGGCUUCACACGAUAAAAGAGAAUCAGGAAGAAAUAGGGGAAGAAAAAGGGAAGAUGGUAGAAGAUCACAUGAUCAAAAGAAACGGAGGUCGUACUCCAGCGACUCUAGUUCUUAAUUAAGAAUAUUCUUGCAUGAAGAUGGCAGAUUACUAGAACAUGAAUAGUUCGUGCGUAAAAAUGUCAGGAAUCUGACAUUUUAGAAAAAUGUUUCAGUGGAAUGUAGAUAAAUGUUUUGUAAUAUAUUUGAAUUUUGAAAUGUCUUGUACGUUCUAUGUACAUACAUGUUAUGAUGUGUAUAUAUUAAUGAUGUCCAUUGUUUGGGCAUAAGCACAAUAACAUUACUAUUUGUACUAAAAUAAUUGAAUUUGAAAUUUAUCUUUAUGUCUUAAUAUCUUAGUCUUCAGUUACAGAUGUGUUUACAACUAUUACUAUUAAUUAUGACCACAUCUUUUACUGAAGUAUUUUUUCUUCAAAGAUGCAUGUAUUAUUUCGAUAUUUCUUAAUGCAAAAGAAUCAUAUUUUUUGUCAUUGACAUAUUUAAAUAGCAAUUGUUACAAUGUUCCCCAUUAUAUAAUGUAGACUAUUUGGUCAAAUUUGUAGAAUUUAAUGGGAAAAAAAAUGUACAGGCUAAAAGCUCUUGUGUUAUUUGAUAUCAUGCAGUGCUAUCAGUAUUGAAAGUAGUUAACAACACAAUAUAUUUACACCUCAACUUUCAUCCCUUAAUAAAUUGAAUGUUGGCCCUUGCAUGUACCCCAUAAAGGCGCAUUCAAUGCACAUCAAAGGUGCCCUUACUGCCCUUUUCAAAUUCUGGUUUAAUUCUUAUGUAAAUACAAUGGAGAUAUGAUAUAAAAGGUAACAUAUUAUUUGAUGAUUAUUAUAAAACGAAAGAAUCAUUCUGGAAUAAUAAAAUGUGAAAUGUA